UUUUUUUUGUAAAACCUAUGGAUGUGACAACGGAGAUUGAAUCAUUAAUUUUUUUGGGAGAGCAUAGGGUGGACAAUGGACUUUGAACCUGCGGUAUAUCCUUCUUUUCGAAUACUCACAUCAUGGCCGACGCUUCUGUCACUAUUCGUACUCGUAAAUUCCUUACCAACCGUUUACUCCAACGUAAGCAAAUGGUGGUGGAUGUGAUCCAUCCCGGUCUUGCCAAUGUUUCUCGUGAAGAACUCCGUGAAAAGCUUGCCAAGAUGUACAAGACUGACAAGGAAGUUGUCUCUGUCUUUGGUUUCAAGACUCAUUUUGGUGGUGGUCGUACUACUGGUUUUGGUUUGAUCUACGAUUCUGUUGAAUCUUUGAAGAAGUUUGAACCCAAGUACCGUCUUGUUCGUAUUGGUUUGGCUGAAGCUCCCAAGGGUGGUCGCAAGCAACGCAAGGAAAAGAAAAACCGUGCCAAAAAGUUCCGUGGUACCAAGAAGGCUGCUGCCAGUGGUGGCAAGAAAUAAACUGGAUAGUUACUAUUAUUAUAUAUAUAUAUAUUAUUUUCAUUCUUUUUUUUUUUUUUUUGUUGAUCUCAUUAAAAACCCCCGUAUAUUAUGUAUUGAUCUGGAUCUUAUGUCUCCUGCCUUAUCUUUUUCUUUUUCUCUUCGUUGUAUCCGUAAUUCAAUGAACAUGGUAUGUGUGUUUAUAUAAAUGUAGUCUAUUUAUUUGGUUCCAAAGGAUGAAAUGAAUGGGAUGAUGAUGUUUGGUUUAUCAUCAUAUGUAUCAUAUCACUAGCCUA